AUGCACAUGCAAACAGAGCUUUCAGAAUCGCGUGCCACAGCCAAAGAAGCCGCCGCCAAAGCACAGAAAAAGCCCAGCCCAGUGGGAGAGUCACCAGCCGAGCACGAGCCGAGGAUCAAGGUGGGUGCGGGCGGCAAGGGUGGCGUUGGAGCAGGAAAGAGUGGUGAGGACUCCAAGUUUGGGGACUUCGUCGCAAAGGGUGGUGGAGGCGGUGGCAGUGACGGUGACAAGAAAGGCCGCGAUGGUGGCAACGGUGGUGGUGGCAAGUAUGGCGCACAUGGCGGCAAGUCCAUUCAAAGUAAGCAGUCGGGCGAUUCUGGCACGGAGGGCCAUGGAAACUCAGGUGGCUCGGGCACUGCUAACACCUGGAACGCGGGUGGAGGCGGUGGUGCCAGUGGCGCAGGGAAGAGCGGAACCAACACGCUGUGUGGUGAUGGUGGUAGCGGCUUUGAGUCCGAGGUGUCGGGGAAGAAGGCAAGCUAUGGUGGUGGAGGGGGUGGCGGCUCACAUGAUCCCAGGUGUCAAAAGACGGCGAAGGGCGGGGAUGGAGGAGGUGGGGACGGCGGUGCCCCUGGCGGAAAGAAUCCCGGCAAGAAGGGCCAGGAUGGUCUGGGCGGUGGUGGGGGCGGCGGGUCGACGACUUCUGGCGUUGGAGGCAACGGUGGCGACGGCGGAGGGGGUGUGGUGAUCGUGAAGUUCACUGCGGCCGAGGAGGCAAAGAGUGAGGCCGUCACGUACAGCUUCGGUGUUGGCUUAGCACCACUUUCCAUCUUUGCGCUUCUUGCGGCUUGA